AUGCCACAAACUAACGAAGAACAGGAAGACGAUGGUAGCAAAAAUAUGGUAUCCAACUUGCCUCUCCUAUUUGCGGACGGCUACCCAACGUCGCUGGACAAGAUCACCGAAGCACAGCUGCAAAAGUUCAUACCGUUCAUGGUACACUGUUCGCUGGGCAACGUCACUAUCCAAUCGAUGACCGAAUUUAAUAGGCCUCCAUGGUGGCCAAAAGAUUUGGAAUUUACCAAACCAUUCAGAAGGCCAAAAUCAUUCACCGGGGAUUGGUUGCUCAAGAUGCGAGAGCUCGUGGUAGCAUGUUACGAUUCCCACGACAACAUUUAUCUACUACGGUACUGUGCUGAUCUGGCAAAGUUCCAACCGACAGCGUUGCGAUUCAUUAACAACUACAACUCUACGACAUCUCUGUUCGAGCGGUCUUCGAACAAGUUGUUGGUUACGUUUCGCAAUGAAAAUAUGCUGUACGACCAGGAACAAAAGAUAAACAGUCGCAAGUGCCUUCUACCGAAGCAAUCUAACUCCCAAUCUUGCUUAGCCACUCAGGAGGAAAUGGUCAUAUCAGAAUGCUUCGAUAUCUAUCUCUGCGACUACUGUGAUGCCGAACUAUACUCCGAGGGAGCAAUGGUGGAGCAUGAGCGUGUCUGCCAGGGGGAGCAAAGCAAUGCGGAGUUGGCCGACACUAGUGACGAUGAUGACGUUAUCUUUUGUGGCGCAGUGCUGGAAGAUCAGCUUCCACUCGAUUCGGAAGCUCGUGCGCAGGCAGAACAGCAGAAGAUGGUAUCGUUUCUGUCGCAGAAUUUCAUGUUACGUUGUACCAACGCGAAGGAAUCGGUGAUCUCCAACUCACACCAGCCCAGCGGUAGCAGUAGUACCGAGCUCGAAGGUGGAACGGUCGAGUGUAACACCGGAGGAGGAAAGCAUCACCGUAUGCCUAGACGCUCGCGCCAGGUUGUUACACUCGCGAAAUGUACACAAAUUCCGCUCUCCUCACCGUUGGGUUUGUUUAUGUUGAAUACUUCCAAAAUCAUUACCACACCGGAUUAUCUGUACGAGCGGUUCGAUCGUACGGAGAAAUAUUGUACUGCUCCAGCCCUUCCAGCUGGUGCAUUCUAUUCCCUGCAGCCAAAACUCGCGACGGAGGGUUUGCAGGAAUCUUCUAAUGCUCCAGAUCGCCGGGUACCCAGAUGGUUCUUUGGCAAAGUGAAAUCAGGCAGUGGGUCAAACGGUCAAUGGCCGUUUACGUUCAAACGACCUGCGGAUGAUUCUUUCGAACUGUCGCUACGUCAAUACAAAUUCCCCCGACGCCAGUUUACCAACAAGCAUCGGGAAGCAAACUUUCUGUUCUACAACAAACUGCUGCUGCAACGUUGCCGACCGUGUGUGGUGAGCAUAAAAAGACUGACCCUUGCCGAAGUGCAGGAACUUGCUCUACUGCCCGGUAUCGAACGGGCACAGAGAGAAGCCGAGCAUGCAGCCAUGCUGGAACGGCAACGACGGAAAGAGCUUGCUGAGAUAGCAGAAAGUGCAUUGGUUAUCGAUAGCAUUGAUCUAUGCUCUUCCGAUGAAGAUAUGGUGGAGGAAAUGUCUGAUGGUGAGGAAGAACAGUACGAGCAAAAGCAGGAAUACUCAAGUUCCUUCGACACCGAUUUCAUCGCACAUGACCAUGUCGAAACGAUCGUUAUAGAAAUGGAUGACAGUAUGAGCAGCGAUACGAAUGAACUCACAAAUACUAGUUUCUAUGCCAAUCGUUCCCCACAGCAAAAGCACAAUGUCGUUAGUAAUGUGCUCCCGGAAAUGGGUCUGAAAUUCGCCAAGAAGUCCUUCAUCGGUACAAUGCUCAGUGAAAGCACGUAUCGUUUAAAUACGUCACUUCCGGCCGGGCAUACCAAUGGUAGAAUCCUCAUGGAUGGUGCACGACAACCACUUACCGCUCCGUUGUACCUGUACGCGAACUGUAGCCAAACGGCUGUCACUGUGUCGGAUGGUGCGCAGUUUUCCAACGGGAGUCACCUGAUCGCCCGCAAAGGUACCAGUUUACCAUUGAAGGAAAAUUUGGAAAACGGCUUUGGAAGUCCCGGUACCGUUGUGAACAGUGUUAAUGGAGAUGGUUUGCUUGUAGGCGCUCCCGGUGUUGGGCAAUAUGCUACUACUCCCCUGCCUGUGCAUCAAUCAGCAGCAGCAGCAGUACAAUCACGGACUGUAUUGCUGGCUGAAUCAACCACGAACGGGUAUCCAAUAAUCGGAACCAUUCCAGCUUCGUUCGGCGACAGUGGCAGUAGCCUACACGCGAGAUCAAGGGCUUCCGUCAUACAGACGCUCCCGACGACAGCUUAUGUUACUCAGCCGAUACACACACCCAACAAUGGUUCCAGUACGACGGCUGUCCCGAGUCCAACCGUAGCGAAUCUUCAGUAAGAUUAGUAACACUAACCGAUGGCGGAAACGGAAGGAACUGUUCAUAAAUUCCUACUUAGCAAUAUGUUUACUACAAUAAGGAUAAACUGUGACAUUUUCCCUUUUUUGCCAUUCAGAAUAUUUAAUCCGUUCCAAGCCGAAAACCCUCUUCCUUUACUCCUAUCUUUUACCCAGUUCAAUUGUAUCCAUUGGGCAGAACUUUUACGGAUAAAAAAGUGUACAAUCAAUAUGCCGUAGUCGUGCAUCUUACGGCUCCGUAUGUGAAUCUAGGUAAAGUGUAUAUAAUUGUGCCGAUCAUGAUAUGAUUUGUUGAAAUGUUUUGUAAACAGAUCAUUUCAAUACAAUUAGCUGCAAGCAGAGGCAAGCAGAGAAAGACCCUUUAUAGGUUAAUUAAAAUUGCGUACACUAAACUAUUGUGGCUAUUUGAAUCACGAAUGACGAAACUUUUUCUUAUUUAUCGUUCUUACAAAGAAUAUGAGUUGAUCUGUGUACUUUAUACCUGAAAAACAUUCUUUCCAUGCGCUGGAAAACAAUUCUUUUCAUUUGUUUGCUAGUAACUGGCCAUACUGUGAUGGCACUGUAUUGUUUUUUUAAGCGAUUUUUUUUUGGAAAAUAUAAGUUUUAGAUUAAUUUGUUCUGUUUUCUGUUCGCAAAAUGCUGCCCACUCCUAGCUUCACCCCAUCAAUAAUGGCCGUUUUGUGCUCGCCUACAGUGGUCUACACAAUUACGCGUUCUGAAUGAAAAAUCAUCCUGUC